UGUGCUCGAGGCAGCACAGCGCAACGGGAAGAGUCAUGCGGGUAUACUAUGAAGAUUCAUAUCGCUGUGGCUAUUAUCAUCGCCAUAAUCGCCCAAAUAUCGAGAUUGAUGUUUUCUCCGGCUGGGGUGGCUCAUAUUAUCAGGCGCCGAUUGCAAGGCCCGAAGUCGUCGUAGUCAAUCAGGCGCCCACCUACGUGCCCCCAGUAGCUGCUGGCCCCAUGAUGAUGCCACAGCCAUACGGCGGCAUGUCCGUGGCCACCACCGGCUACUACCAGCAGCAGCAGCAGCAGACCUAUCAAUACCAACAGCAAUAUCCCCAUGCCAACAAUCCGCCCUAUCCGCAAUGGUAGACAAACUGCCCAAUCGAACGACUAAAGCUCCGUGAAUUAUUAAAGCACAUUCGAACAGAAAUGAAUCUAUAAUCUGCCAUUGU